AUGAAGUUUCUUAUAAACAAAGAACGAGAGCAAAUAUUAAACGGCGAUUACAAGCCAAAGGCAAGAUUUACAUACGUUUACGCACUGCUUAAGUCACAGAAAGUGAGGAAAAGAAAAGAAAUUGACUAUAAAAAGCUGUCUACAUCCAAACUACUCAGUUCAAAAAAUUACAACAAAAAGUUGGUCGAGGAGUUGAAGACAAGACCGUUUAAAAAGAUAAUCAAGUACUUUGAGACAAUCUCACCUCUGAAGAACGAGCUGUACUAUUGGCACCCAUCAAGAAAAGUAAACGAUCCCUUGACACUACUGAUCAAGGUGCACAAGCAGAGUGAGUUAUUGAAGAAGAUACGGACAGAGAAGUGCGAAGCGUUGAUAUUUAAGUGCAGAGGAUUCGACAAGUUUGAGAGUAUGCUGCAAGAGAGGAUAAAUAUGAACGAGCUUAAGGUGUUGAACGAGGAUUAUAAUUUUUUUGGCAAGUUUUGGACUAUCAAGAAGGGAAAAAUGCAGGAGUUCUAUGAUUACAUGGGUAAGAAGGGCGCAAUAACCAACAAGAAUAGGAAAACCAUCGAUGUGGUGCAGCGUAUCAUCACGCAUCCCUACUGGUGUGACAAUACAUGUGCAGCCCCAUUUUCGUUUCUUAAAAUGCCGUGUAUGAAAAAUUUAGAUUUUUCAGUUGUAGAGUGCUACUCAUUUUUGGAGAUUGAAAUUGGAGAGAGGACAGUUACGGUGAGUUUCAGGGAAUUUAAUGGGCUGUUAAAGAAGGACAAAAAGUAUGAAGCGGUUUGGUGUGCCCUAGGAGUGAGUUAUAGCGAGACAAUCGAAAUAGAUUAAAUGUGUUUGAUAAGCAAUGUGCUAUUGGUACAAAUGGAAAUGUUGAAACAUAAAAAUUGCAUCUCUACAUUUUAUCAUAUAAAUAAAAAGACAAC